GUAACCUGCCAUGUUGAGUGUUUUAAUUUGACAGUUGUAAAUACCGUGUAGAAUACUGUCCUUUUAACCGAAUCACAUAGACGAAGUUCAUGAUCGUAUUCUUAAUCAUUGGCCCAGUUUGCUUGUUUAUAUUCUCAAAUUUUGGCUUAAAUUAAAAUGUUUAAAUUUGGAAGCAAGAAAGAGAUAAACAUUGAUUACAAAUGUACUAUAAGACUGUUGGAUGAUACAGAAGUUUUGCAAUGCGAUUUUCAGAGUGACUAUAAGGGACAGUACCUGUUGGAUUAUACAUGUAAAGCCCUAAAUCUGAUAGAGAAAGAUUACUUUGGAUUACGAUAUGUGGAUUCACAUAAGCAAAGACACUGGUUGGAUCCUACUAAAUCCAUUUUAAAGCAAGUAAAAGGCAUGAAUCCAAUUGUUUUCUGCUUUAGAGUGAAGUUUUACCCUCAAGAUCCAUAUAGGUUAAGAGAAGAAAUCACCAGGUAUCAAAUAUUUCUGCAGCUAAGACGUGAUCUUCUUCAUGGUCGUUUAUAUUGUUCUCAGAGCGAUGCUGCUUUACUUGCUGCAUAUAUAAUUCAGUCUGAGCUUGGUGAUUAUGAUCCUGAUGAGCAUCCUCCUAAUUAUGUGUCUGAGUUCAAACUUCUGCUAAAGCAGACUCAAAGACUGGAAGAAAAAAUCAUUGAAAUCCAUCAAACAUUAAGGGGACAGGUUCCAGCAGUUGCUGAGAUGAAUUUUUUACGUAAAGCUUGUUUGUUAGAUACAUAUGGAGUGGAUCCUCAUCCUGUAAAGGACCAUAAAGGAAAUCAGCUGUAUUUGGGUAUAAAUUAUGCAGGUAUCUUGACAUUUCAAGGUAGCCGUAAAACACAUCAUUUAAAAUGGCCAGACAUUCAGAAAAUCAACUAUGAAGGGAAAAUGUUCAUUGUUCACUUGUUAUUUAGUGAGGAUGCACGGACAAAGAAAAAGCAUUUGAUUGGUUUUAAAUGUCCCACCCAAGCAGCUUGUCAUCAUCUUUGGAAAUGUGCUGUUGAACAGAGAUAUUUCUUUACGAUGGAGUCUUCCAGUGAAGUUCCUACAGUUACAACUAGUGGAGGAAUAUUUUCAAGGGGAUGCAAAUUCAGAUAUAGCGGUAGGGUGGAAAAAGAAAUAAUGGAAGAUACAAAACAGAUUAAAAGAGAACAACCCCAGUUUCAGCGUUCUUUUACCAGACCACCUUCAUUGCGUAAAAUUGAUAGCUAUAUGAGCUCUCCUUGUACAUCUCCUCAUGAUGACCAUAUAAUGAAUGAUUAUAACGGUAUGUUGUACUCAAAUCACUCUGGAAAUGAUAUUCAUCCGAAUAUUAAUGACCAGGAUAACAUACAAGUAAAUCGCAAUGUAACAUCACCAACAUUAUCUAGUAUACCUGCAGAUGGCUUGGACAUUUUGGAAGAAGAAUGCGAUUCGUAUAGCCCAACAGACACUAUGCAUUCAGAAUCACCUACAUUCAAUAGCAAUCAAGUAUCAUGUGAUAACUCAAUAUCAAGACUGAACACAGAAGAAGGCAACAGAGAAGAUUCAGAUACGGCUGAAGAAUUACCCGAAUCUAUGGAAGUAAUUUCAAAUUCAUAUCAGGCUCCGGUGUAUCGUCAGAGUGAGGAUGUAGUGCCUCUAGAUGUGAAAAUUCCCAAAAGGAAAGUUCCGAUGGCACCUUCUACAACUCUUCCUUUACAUGUGAAUAUUAUGCGUGUGGUUGUAUUAGCUAGCUUGUUUGUUUUACUUCUGCUCUCGUGCCUUUUGAUUGUUGUCAUGGAAUCUGAUUCCUCCCUUUUCAGUGACAUUCGCAAACUGCCUGAAAUGAUUAUUUUAAGGCGGGAGUAUUAUGAACCAGCUAAAGACUACAUUGUAGAACAAAUGAAUUUUUUGUUCAAAAGAUGAAGUAGAUUGAUGAAAGUUUUUUUUUGCUUUUGCUUUUAAACUUCGGUUGUAAAAUAAAUGAACAAAAUAAAAGUCUUUCCAGUUUUUACAUGCAUUUUUGCUUAAACAUUAUUGCUAUGCAUCAAAAAGCCAAAUGUGAAAAAAUACAGAUCUAGCUUCUGAUUUUUAUAUGGGCUGUAUAUUGUUAUAUUCCGCAGUCUUUUAAUAUCCUAAACUCUAAGCAAAAAUAUGAUGUAUCAUUCAUAUUAUAUUGACAGUUUGAAAUUACUUUUUAUGCUGCUUUAAAAAUAUGCAUACUUGGAAAAUUAUUGUGAUAACAUUUACAUGAUUGUAUGUAGUAUGUUCGAUUAAAACAACUGUGUUGUGUUCUAUGUUUUAAAUUUUAUUGGGUAAUAUAUGUCCCAUUUAUUGCUAUUUAUUUUUAAAUGUUUUAUUUAAU